AAGUGCUGUCAAAAGACACAACAAAAAUCUACGUUCUGUUUGUUGUCGCGGCUAAAAAUCGGAAAAAUCGGCGAAGUUUGUUUAAAACCGUAUCCGCGGUAGGCCAAAACUGAUUCGUAUUUACUGUUCCCGUGUGCGCGAGUGAAGAACCUGUGAUUCCGCGGGCUAUUUGGCAGUGGCACCCGCGCUAGAUGUUGAUCGGCACUCGGACUGCUAGGCACCCGCGAUGAAUCCGGUCAGUUUGUACAUCACAACCUCGCGGCUAGUGUUCCAGAGUGGCUGCGGUGGCGGUACCGGUGCAGGAGCUGGCCCCGGUGGAACGGAUUCCGGUGGCACCAAUGGAAACGGUGCCAACAGUAGUGCCUUUGCAGAUCUCAACCGACUGUUGCCGUACUUGAGGAAGAGUUUGAGCUGUGCAGUGUGCUGCCGGUUGCUGCUGGAGCCGCACACCCCGGCGGAGCUAAAUUGUCAACAUCACGUCUGCCGGGGAUGCGUCGGCGAGCGGAAGAAGCUGAAACCGUCCUGUGGCGCGUGCAAGGAUUAUAACCGAUAUGUGGAGAACACCCAGCUGAGGAUGUUGUUACAAUGUUACAAGAGCAUUUGCGAGUACAUCAAAACGAAGCCGUUUUUCGCGGAGAUCCGGAAGCAAGCGACGGGGAGUACAUCGUUGAAUGGGCUGUCGGUGACGGUGAUGGGAUCUGGCGGAACGGGUGGUGGAGGAGGAACAUCCAUAACCGUUCCGAGCAAUUUGUUCGAACUGAUCGAAGAGGGAGCGCAGUUUCAGGACAACUAUCGGUGUAGUUCCGGGUUGACAAAGUCGGCGUAUUCGAUUCUGCCUUGCAUUUACCCGGCGCCGCCGGUUACGGUGAGCGCUCCGUCCACACCGCCCGUCUCCCUCGGAGGUCAAUCGCAGAGUCAACAGAUGAUCAUAACUUCCAGCGGGACCGGUGUUCAAGUGCAAGCCAAAGUUCAUCAAACGGCAGCUCCCAUCGGUACUAGCACCGGUCUAAUCACCCUUGCCGACAAGCAACAGCAACUGCAGCAGCAGCAGCAGCAGCAGCACCAUCAACAGCUCCAUCAACAUGCGAAUCCGAACCGCCAACAGCAACAUCAUCAUCAUCAGCAACAGCAACAGCAGCACCACCACCAACACCAACAACAACAGCAACAACAACAACAACAGCAGCAGCAACAGAAGGAAAUCAAAUUCCGUUCGGCACCGAUCAAAACCGUGUCCAAUGGGUCCACCAUGUAUUCGGUGCUGUACGCGGGGAAUGGCAAUAAAAUUACGAUCAAAAGGAAAACAGACCCGCCGCACAUCCAACGGAAGGCCACGAUCCAUACGCUGGACAAGGAAGGCCAGAUCAAGCUGGCCAAAACGUUGGCCGACAAUUCUGCCGCCAUGAGUGGAUUCAAAAUGCCACAGACGACGACGGGACUGGCGACCAGCGGGGGUGGACAGGUAGGCCAGGGGAAUGUCACGGUCGUCAGCGCCGGGGCCGUCAGCAAGCAAACGGCGAAGCAGCUGCUGAAACGAAGAGGAUGCCGGUGUGGUAAUGCAACGGCCACACCGGGAAAGCUGACCUGCUGCGGCCAGCGAUGCCCGUGCUAUGUCGAUUCCAAGUCCUGCGUCGACUGCAAGUGCCGGGGCUGUCGGAAUCCCCAUCGGGCUGAUGGUAUGAAGGUUCGUCCUCACAUUCCUGAGUUGCAGAAUCUGGAAAUUAAUCUUCACAACCCGAACGACGAAGAAACACUGACUACGACCACGACGACUGUGUUGGGUUCUCAGACGGUGAGCUCCGUCAGCGGUGGGGGGAAUCAUUUCCAACCGUCGAUGGCCAGCACCAGUAGUCAAGCGCAGAGUUCAGGACUAACGGCGGUCAGCACCGGCGGAAAGGGAUUAACUCAGAUCAGUCACCUGCCGGGUGGAUCGACGCUUAAGAUUACCCCCACUUCGAUAGCUAAUGUGCUGAAUAGUACAAAUCAAAUCUGCAGUUCCGAAGGGAUGGACAUCGUGCCGAGCGGAGGACUUCUCGAUUCCAAUGGCUUCAGCUACAUCACGCAGGCGAGCUUGGAUGCGGGAACGCCGGUGGGGGCAGGUUCCACCACACAGUACUCCGUCCCGGGCAGUAGUCUUGCCAACGGAGGGACGAUACAUGUGGUCGGCAUCUAUGCAACCCAUCUCGGUGACGUAUCCUGCAGCCCCACCCUGUCCAACAUGAUCCGAACGGACAGUGGCCUAAACAGUCUGCUUACUCACAAACCUCCGGACGCUCUGCUGACGCAAACGUCGCUCAAUUCGUUGAGUAUGGCCACCCCCUCGAGCCUGAUGGGUCACGCACUGUUCAAUCCGACGACGACGACCAUGUCGACGAGUGGCAUCACUAACAUCAUGAGCAGUAGUGCUGCUGGCGUGCACGGGAACCCGUCCGGAUUGGAACUGACCGGUAUCGGGGUGGGCGAUGGAACCGGAAUCGACAUCAGCGAUCAGUUGGACCUUUCCGGAACGAAUCUGAUCACCAUCGACGGAACGCUGGACGAUCGGUUGCAUGCGGACGAUGUCUAAGCGUGGAUCAGUUGUGUGGUAAUCGUAUCUAAUUUUACGACUAAUGUUUUAGACUUUUUAGGUAUUUUAGUUUUUCUCGUAGCAAUUGUUUUGUUCGAGGGGCAGACCUCCCUCCUUCGGGGCGGGGCGAGGUCACGACUCUUCCAACGCUCCUGUUCAUUCGCGAAUAAUGCAUUAGUUUCCGGGACGAAUUGUCCCGUCCUCGGGGACGCUGACAGAACCUACAAAUGUAAUUUCUUUUAACUGUCAUCCAUCUUCUAUUUAGGAAUAAUGCUUUAGGUUUCGCUCGCUAUUUUGUCGAUAUAAUAUUAUAUUCUAGGUAAAACGUAGAACACACAAACACACACUCACACAUCCACACAUGGUAGUUUGGUAGGCUUUUUUGUACUAUUAUGAUUACUCUCAUACAUGUGUAAACGCAGGAAACAAUGAAACAAACGAGCAGUUUAAGAUAUACCUAUAUUAAGUAGAAACCCAAGUCAAUCGUCGCCGGUUGAACGCUGCCGGUGAGACGAUCGCAUUGCCAUCGUGAGCUCGAUCCCGAUGGUGUCUGUAGUAGUGAGAUGUUCGAUUUUAAGAACCCCUCCGCCUCUUAGAUUCCAACCCUACUAAACCCUACUCCCCCUUCCUCAGAAAUCCAAUCGAAGCUUCGGCAUUUCUCCACUUCCUGUACCUAAAACGAAGCUUCAUCGAUGAUUCAAUUUGCGAAUGAAUAUAGCUCAGCUUUUAAUUUAGCGUCUGUUUCCAAUGAAUGAAUGAGUGAUGAACGAAAUGGUUAAAUGGUUAAACAAGCUAGUAUAUUAUCUCAAGAACAAUAGUGGAUGUCAAUUCUGGGAGGUGGUAAUAGCGUCGUCCCGGACUACCUACUAUACCUAUGCGGGCUUUUGGGUUGGAGAAGGGUCCGACUCGCGUGUGAAAGGUUACAAAACAGUAAAAGUAUAUAUUUCAAUAAACUAAUUUUUUGUCAAUGUA